GCUACUUUUUCAUUUAAAAAAACAAAAACAAUUUAUAGAAAGGCACCAAGUCCUCCAUAAUUUUACCCCCACCCCUCAAAUCAUAUAAUUUUCACUCUCUAGAAUCACUGGAGAAAUUCAGGGACUGCAAAUUUUUGUUAUUUGAAUCUUUUCAUAUAUGUUUUCAAAAGCUAUGGAUCUUGGGUGCUUAGAUUUGUGCCCCAUUUCUGUUCCAGAUAACCAAAAAUCUGAGACCAAAGAAUUCGAUUCAAGUGAAAUUCUUACUUCAGCUACUAAAUCUGGGAAGAGUAAAUCACCAAGAGGGAAUAAUGGACAAUCAACAUUGGUUGCUCUAAACAAGUUUACAUCACAAAUUAAGAAGCCUACUCAUCGUAAGAAUUCCCCUCUCAAUUGGUUCCCUCGCAAAAAGGUGGACUCUUACUUAAAGAGAAAGAUCAAAAUGCUGCAGGAAAAGGAUGGCUUGAAUUUGACUCUUGAUGAGACUCUAGGUGAUUCUAAUCCACACUAUUCAAAAGUAUUGAGAGAAAAAAUGGCUGCAAGAGAGGCUGCAAAUGCAGCGAUGGAAGCGCGAAAAGCUGCUUUAGUUGAAGCAUCUUGGUGUAAAAUACUUCGAGCAGCUAGGAUCCAAUCUAAAGAAGCGGAACCUCUACUAGUAAAUGCUGAGAAAAGUGCAACUGAAGCUUUUGAAGCAGCAAGAGCUCUCGGAGUGAUAAUGUAUGAUACGCCUAAUUGCCCUCGAACGCCCAGUAAAAUAGAAACAUCUAUAGUUGAUGGAGGGAGAUCUACUACUCACACUGUGACGGCUUCGUUCGAAACUGCAUUUGAUGUGGAUAAAGAAGUGGCAGCAGCAGUGAAAACUGCAUUCAUUAGGCUCUUGAGUUGUUCUUCUUUCGACAAAGACGAAUUCAAAGACUUACUGUGCAAAAUCAGUCAGAAUCCAGAUAUGGAUGAUGAUAGUAAUCAGGAAUUAUCAGAAAUCUUAUCAGAUUACGAAUCGGAAUCAGGGUCUGAACUUGAAACAAUAGUACAAAAUGAUGCUCGAGAUAAGUUGAACAGCAUGACGAAACUUGUCGAUAUGAUGCUUGAGAGGCUUAAAUGUUUGAAAGAAGAUGAGCUUUCUUCUUUGGCUACUAUAGUGGCUACUUGUGGUCUAAAUGCCGCAUUGGCUGAAGCAGAAAGCGUUAAACUGCUGCACAAUCCUGACUCGAGUCUUAACAUUCCUCGUAGAAUGUCUAACAUUCCUCGUCGAAUGUCUUGUGCUGGUACAGGAUCAAAGAGGUACUCGAUUCUAGAGCAGAAGAGGAUGAAGGACUCAGAAUUACCAAGUUUAGACAAGUUUUUGGUUAAGCAUAUGACGAAACUCGAAAAAGAGGUGCAAGAAGCGAAAAACAACAGGACUAACGGAUCUGCAGAAGGAAACAUGAAGAAAACUGAUAAGGUUGAGAUUGUUCCUGAUUUGGGGAGUAUGUUUCUGAAGCAUUCCUCUAAGCUGGAGAAGGAGAUUGAAGAAGCAAAGAAGAUUUCAGGGAAAGAUUUCGAAUUUGCUCGUAAGAAACCGGUCAGUGACUUAACUUCAUUACCUGACCUUGGAAGUAUUCUGAUAAAGCAUUCAUCAAAGCUCGAAAAGGAAGUUCAAGAGAUGAAAAAAGAGAUUGACUUGGAUAACAAGGAACUUGAAGGAGCAGCACCAAAUAAUAGGGUGAUGAGCCGACGAAAAGAAGAUGUUCCAGAAGUCCCUAGUUUGGAUCAGUUACUUGUAAAACACGUUUCAAGGCUCGAAAAAGAGGUCCAGCAAGCAAAGAAUAAAACCAGAGACAAGAAAUUAAAUCCAUCUAGUUCAGUCUCAGAAUCAGAGAAAAACACUGAUUCUGCUGAUCUAGAGAAGGAAAAUGUCGAAAAAGAGCUUAAACGAGAAGCACGAAAUAGGGUUAUGAGCCGACUAAAAGAAGAGGUUCCGGAAAUCCCUAGUUUGGAUCAGUUGCUUGUGAAACACGUUUCAAGGCUCGAAAAAGAGGUUCGAGAAGCGAAGAACGGAAUCAGAGACAAGAAAGUGAAUCCAUCAACUUUAGUAUCAGAAUCAGAAAAGAAAAUCACAAUUUGUGCUGAUCUAGAGAAGGAAAAUGUGGACAAGAACAAAGAAGAUCAUGAAAGUUUGGAUAAGAUCUUUGUGAAACGUGUGUCUAAGCUUGAAAAGGAGAAAAUGGAGUUCAGUUUGAAGGAAGAAGAAGAAAUGAAGGUGAAAUCAACAAGCAACAGAAAUGUUCUAAUGACUCAGCAACUCGGCGGUGAUCGGAGUAAAAUCUCUGCAUCAAAUCGCAGAGAAGCAAGGGAAAAAGAGCUGCAGGAAGCAUGGGGAGGCUUAAGUUUAGGAAACUCCAUCAAGCCACAUGUCUCCAAGCUUGAAAAGGACAAGGCUGCUUGGAUCAAAGCUGAGGAAGAAGAAAGAAAAUGUGAUGUAGAAGAUUGAGUUGUUUUUGUUUCUGAAAUACAAUAAUUGAUAUUGAAAAUUCAAGAGUUAUUAUUUGAUUCUUUCUAUUGAAUCUUAAAUGUAUAGUUUGUAAAUUUACAUUAGUGUUAGUAUAUCUUAAGUUCCGCAUUGUUAUUUUUUA